AUGAGAUUAAUUUGGUUGCUGUUGUUAAUUUUCCAAGCGGUUUAUGCCGGAGACAAAAAUGUGAAUUCAACAAAGCAAUAUUUGGACCUAAACAAUUCGAAAGAUAAAGCUUUCAUAUGGGAGAAUCUGUUCAUAAAAUUAAAUAGGGUCGUGGAGGCAACACAGAAAUUUGAACAAAAUUUUGAAAGCAUCAACAAAAGAUUCGAUGAAUUGUCUAAGAGACAAAAUGAACAGGAGAGGAAUCUUUCAAUCAAGCCAUUGGAUAUUGGGAAUAUAAAUGGAGCCCCCAAAAGCCAAUGGACAACGAUUCUGCGACGUCAGGAUGGUUCGGUAGAUUUCAAUCGUAAUUGGAACCAUUAUAAAAAUGGUUUUGGUAAUCCUGAUGCCGAUUUCUUUAUUGGCCUUGAAAUGCUGCAUCGUCUAACCAGUAAGGGUAGACCCCAAGAGCUACUGGUCGUUUUGGUAGACUAUGAAAAUGUAACACGUUUUGCCCGAUAUGACAAGUUUCGUAUUGGUUCGGAAGCUGAAAAAUAUGCGAUUACCGAACUGGGCACCUACAGUGGUGAUGCUGGCGACGGUAUGGGCGUGCAUAGAGGCAAAAAGUUUACUACCUUCGAUCAGGAUAAUAAUGCUGGUAAUAUCAGGGAUUGUCCGCAGACUUUUAAGGGUGGUUGGUGGUUCCAUGAUCCCUGUUAUAGUGGUCAUUUACAUGGACCUUAUAGGACAAAGGAAAAUUCACGGACUUGGGGUGUUAGCUGGGAUCCAUGGAGAAAAUGGAAUGUUUCGUUGAAAUAUGCCGCCAUGAUGAUACGGGAUAAAAUGUAAAUAAAU